AUGCUCCUCGACCAUGAGCACAAGUGCACCUCCUACUUUGCGCCGCCAGCGGCGCAACCCGUUCCAGCGCGUGUAGUUGACCGCGUGCGCCUCGAAUACUACCGCUACGAAGUCACGUUUGGGCUAUACGUUAUGACACCGAGCGAGAAGUGCGUCGCGAACUCCUGCGUCCUAGUUUUCCUCGGUUUGCUUCUCUGGGCUUUGCUUCUAUAUUUCCCAUCCCUCCUGUACAGCAAGGCCAGCAGAUUCGUGUGGCUGCUCACUGGUCAGAGCGGACAGGAGCUGGGUCUUCUAGACAAGUAUGGAAACCCCGUUCCUCCAGCUGUGAUAGCGGAGAAUGUUAUGAACUCCUGA